AUGAGAUAUGCGAGCAAGCCCAAUGAGGAAAUUAUUCAAAGUAGAGCAUACAGAACUCGACAAAAAUUAAUAAAUACUGUAAAAUCUUCGAAUCAAUACCAUACAAUACAAGCUGUCAUGUCGUUCAACCCUCUCUUACCUGACAUCAGCAGCGAGUUCAAGUUAAAUGAACUUUGCGUGUACGAAGCUCGAGUUAUGUAG